AUGGGAAGAUCGUUACCUGCUCCUGUUCCUUGCAAUGUUUGCGGGGAUAAAUCGUACGGAAAGCACUACGGUGUCUACUGUUGCGACGGUUGUUCGUGCUUCUUCAAACGAAGCAUUCGGCGACAUAUUUUUUAUUCUUGCAUCACGGGCAAAGGACAAUGUAUUAUAGACAAAACACGACGGAACUGGUGUCCUUACUGUAGACUAAGACGCUGUCUAGCUGUAAGAAUGAAUGCUGCAGCUGUUCAAGAAGAACGAGGACCCAGAAAGCCCAAAUCUUUAGAAACCAUCGAAAAACCGUCAAGUCCUAAACGCUUAAACUACCUACCAUCACCAUUAUCUUCUUCGUCCAGAUUUUCCAUGAACAUCAAACUAAAUCCGUCGCUUGAUUUUCACCUAGAAACGGCAGCCCAAGUCCUUCUACUGUCGAUCAGGCAUGACGUUAUCCUGAUACAUAUGUGGGGUCCCCUCUUUAUAUUGCGAGCAGUGUUUUAUCCCUCCUUUAUCUGGAACAUCGUACCAGGUUUAGAAAAGGCACUUCAAACUCUAAAAAACUCCAGCAUAAGCUGGUGCUAUUCAGAAGCGUUGGAAAACUUGUUGCUUUGUCGACCGGAUUUGCUGGCAGAUUUGGAUCAGAUAAUGCUAACUCGGAGACUAAAGAAACAAGCGCUAGAUUUACUUAUGGUCCAAAUGGAGAACAAUUGGGAAAGAUUAGCAGAUGCUCUAACAUUAUUUCCCAUUUUAUUUUCCGUAUCCUCAAACACCUUGUUUAAUCUUCUAUUUCGACCUAUUACAGGAAAUAUCAACAUGGAAACGGUAAUAACGUCUAUUUAA